AUGAAGAGGUCCUCCUAUCCAAGAUGGAAGCGAGCAAACAACCUUCUCGCCAGACAGCGUGCACUUGCUACUGCCGAGAUUCUCUGCAUCAUCUUUUCGUUCUUGUCGGUCAACAGCAGCUGGUACCCUGAGGCGAUGCGUCUUAUCUGGAUUGAACCCACUGCACACACGAGCCAUGGGCUGGCUCCAAUUUUUGAUUACGUCCCUGUACAUCGUCGCCAGGUGUAUGCCGAUAUGAUACUCACGGCAACCAUACAAACUGUUGUCCGUGUCAACAAGGUCAAGUCUUUUGACGGAGUCAAUUUACGCAAUCUCCAGUCUCUAACACUGUUGGUUCAUACGCCCGCGCAUAGUGCCAUUUUGAUCCCUCAACUCGUAUGUCCUGCUGUCAAACACUUGUUUAUUGGGUCCGUUGAAGGUUAUUACAAUCAAGACAAUGACAAGGCGGUAGCGAUGUGGAAAGGACUCUUCAAGAUGAUUGGAGAGCUUUUUCCCAACCUGCAACAUCUUCAGCUUCGAGACAAGGUGAUCAAAGACCUUAGAAUCCUUGUCAAACUCAAGCAAGACCUGGGAUUGAAAUCCUUAAAGCAGAGGGCAUGGGAGGCACCGACUGUUGAUGUUUGA